GCCUCUCCCUUUCCUCUUUCCUGCACCCACGCCCAUGUCUGUACAUUGGCUGCACAUGCUCCCGUGUACAUGUCCGCACACGUCCACACACGUAGUGUACAUGUGCUUCAUUGUACAUGCAGUACAUACUACACCUGUAUCACCCCGCCUCCGUCCACUCAGCUCUCUCUUCGCCUUCAGCCACUCACUCCAUCGUGCUGACCCCCGAGGACCGCGGCCCCCUCUGCAGCACCGUGCGCCUGCCAUGACUACCAUGACAUCUCCUCCAUUCGGCCACCCGACCAAGCCGUGUCAAAACCCUCAUCGCUCCGACUGACAAGUGGCUUUCUGCCUGACUGCUGUCAAGAAUAAGGCAGCCAAGACCCCCUAUGCCCAUGCUGCUGUACUUAGUUACUUGAGUACCUACAUUGUUC